AUGUGAUCGAAUCGUGCCCUUAGCUCUCACUUCAUUUUAAAAAUCAAAGAGACAUGGCCAUCACUUCAAUCACCCAAUCAAUUCUACUUCUUGCCCUUGCACUGUCAAUCAUCUUCCCCACAGAAGCUCGCGACGUCGCCGGGACCCGCGGCUUUAUCGCACCUCUCAUCCACCGCGACUCACCGGAAUCCCCCUUUUACGAUUCUUCCCAUUCUCAUUUUUAUCGUUUAGGCAAAACUAUUCUGCGUUCCGUCUCCCGCGCCCAGCACUUAAACCCAUCUGUAGUUGCUCCAGCGGCAGCCAAGGGCCGCCUCACCACCACCCAAAUGACCAACAACGGUGGCGAUUAUCUCAUGCGCGUGUCGGUUGGCACAGACGACCCCGCCGAGAUAUUCGCCGUCGCCGACACCAGCAGUGACCUCAUCUGGAUUCAGUGCUCGCCUUGUACCGACUGUUACCCGCAAAAUGCACCUAUGUUCAAUCCCCAUAAUUCCUCUUCCUACCAACCCAUUAAUUGCGAUUCCAGGGACUGCGAGUUCACCGUCGGCGGCACUUGUGGCAGCGACGGCGACUUUGCUUGCCGCUACUCCGUGUUUUGUAGCGUCGGGUUAGAAAAUUCCUUCUCGCGCGGAGUACUCGCGAAGGAGAGCAUCUUCUUGGGGUCCACAAAGAUUCCCAAUAUAACAGUCGGCUGCGGUUUCAAGAACCAUCUAAUGUACGACGACGACAACGCGCAGGGCAUGAUGGGUCUCGGACGCGGCCCCGUCUCCCUCGUUUCCCAACUCCACGAUCAGAUCGACGGAAAAUUCGCCUACUGCUUGGCCCUGAACGACUCCGGCACCGGCGAAAACAGCAGCAAAAUCAUCUUCGGCGACCAGGCGACGGUUUCCGGGCUCGGCGCUGUUUCUACCGCCUUGAUCGCCGGCGAAAUUAACUCCUCCUACUACGUAAAUCUGGAAAUGAUCAGCGUCGGGAACCAAAUGUUCGAUUGUCACAAUCUGGCUCUUCUGGACACUGCCUCCCGUUUGACGUUUCUGCCGCAGAAUCUUCUGGACAAGCUGGAGGCCGCAGUGACUGCCGGAACUCCUAAACUUAAGCGCGUGGACGACCCGUAUGGAUUUUUCAGUCUUUGCUUCAACGUGAGCGGCGAAAGCGAUCUUGCCGGAGCUCCGGAAUUCACGAUGCAUUUCGCCGGAGCAAACGUGAAGCUAAGUUACAAAAAUAUGUUUGUCAAGGUUACGGACGCGACUGCGUGCCUUGCUUUGGGCUCUACUGAUGGACCGAGCAUCGUAUAUGGGAACUUGGCCCAAGCAAACUUCAUGGUGGGCUUUAAUCUUAAAAAUGAAACCGUGGCCUUCAAGCCCACUGACUGCGCCCAAAUGUGAUUUGGUCCCAAAAAAUGUGACCCAGCAAUAGUACCAUGCGUUGAAGGUGGAUUUUGUCUUAUUAAGGAAAAAAAAAUGUCAAGAUGGGUAUGAUGAUGCGGUCAUGGUCUUUAAACCGGGUUGGUCCAGUCGGUCGGACCGAGUUAGAGUAAGCUUGGUGCUUGAUUCACCAUGCAUCUUUAUGAUUGGCUUCUCUGCUGGGUUACUCAAUAUGGACAUAGUCCAGCUUCUAUCAUGUCUUUUUUUUUUAAAAAAAAUCUUAUUAAGUUUUAAA